UUACAUCCCCCUCUCCGCUUCUUCCUCCACCUAAUUUUUGUCUCCCAAAAAGUUAUAAACUGUCUUCCUUUCCUUAUCCACUCUCGCAUUUCCCUCAACUCUCUCUCUCUCUCUCUCUCUCUCUCUCUUCGUCGUUUCUGUAAUGGCAAGAUCUCUUUCCCAAACCCUAACCCUAACCCGCCAUAUCUCUCCCAAAUUGUCUUCACCUUCUUCUUCCUCCUCAUCCUCUCGCUUCCUCGCUCUCCGAACCCAAUCAAACCUGCCCUCAUCCAACAACGACCUCACCGACCUCACCGACUCUUCUUCUUCUUCUUCCUCCUCCGAUCCCCUUUUGCGUAAGCUUGAGGACGCUAUCCACCGCAUCAUCGUACGCCGAUCCGCACCUGAUUGGCUCCCGUUUCUUCCCGGUUAUUCUUACUGGGUCCCACCUCCUCGGUCUCGUAAUUACGGUCUUAACCAAUUGGUCGAGAAGUUGGCCAAUCCGCUGUCUGAGGAGGAGUCAAUGUCCACCACCACCGUUCGAGGCUGGCCUUCUUCUUCCUAUUUUAUUCAAGGUGCAUCUCCCCAUCAGAUGGAGGCAGCAGAUGAAAAAUCUAAGAACUUGUCUCAGUCAGAGGAUGACGAAGGAUGAACAAUUGUUUUUCUUCCCAAAUUUGGCAUCUUGUGUUCGAGUAUAAUCAUUAAAAUGACUCCCAUAUAACAACAGCUACUGAAGGUGUGUGUAAUUGCAUCUGUCAAAGACUUGAUGGUUUUUUUUAUUUUUUUUCCUCUGAUAGUUUGUACCUCGGUCCAGAUUUUGAUGUAAGGCUGCGGGAAUUUGAACCUUUUUGCCUUUGUUGUAAAAGAUAUUAAAUUAUUACUAUAGUUUAAGGUAAUGCAGAUUUUCUUUGCUUGUCUAAGAAGCAAUUAAUUAGAGUUGAGAAUGAGUUACGUACUGCAACUGGUGCUCUGGGUGACACAAUCAGUAUGAGAUGUAAGCCUGUGAGGAGGUUCUAUGCUGAAGGCACCUUUGGCCAGCAUUUCUAUAUGGUCUGAACGUUCUUAAGAAUAUCUGAAAGUCCUUGUUCUUCAAUUGAUUAUUUUAUGAAUUCUAUAAAUCUUUAGAGGUUGCCGAAUGUUAGUCUUGGAUGAGGAGAGUUGUUGCUUAUGGUGGUUGGUGGAAUAUGAUUUGGCUUUUAGUAUAGGUGGAAUAGGUUGCUCAUUUGACAUGUUGUUGAGGGUGAAGACAGAACAGGGGUAUGUGGUCAAUAGAGGUGGCUUUAUUUAAUUGAAUUCUUGCAUUAAACUAAAGCAGCUUUGCUUCAACGUUUGACGUCUAUGGAAUUUUUUAUUUGGUAUUAGAGACUGGUUCAAUUAUGCGAAACUGGAUUUUUGUUUCUUGAGGUUUCCAGGAAAAUUUAAAGAAGUUCCUCUGUUUAAAUCUGAUUGAGUUGCAAUCAACUUUUUAUGCUAUUUAUGAUAGAAAUCUUUUUAUGGUUGAAUCUUAAACAAAGUUGCUUUAAUGCCAUUAAUAGCUUAGCAACUGAAUGUGCAGGCUCAUCCAGACAUGUAAAUUUUAUGUAGAAGGAUAAAAGAAGAUGGACUUUCAACAAUACAUUUUCUAUGGGGGAGCGGUACAGAUGCAA